CGGAAACUGGCGCUUGUUUCCGGCCGGACGGCCGAAAGCCACCGAUCCUGAACCAGCCGCCGGAGUCGGAGUGGCGACCGGGUGUGGAGCAGGCAAAAAGCCACAGAGGGAGGCCAAUCCCGAUCAGUCCCGUCUGGCUUCAGCUCCAGGUCCUGUGUGGAGCAACAGCCCCGGUCGCAGUGUCCGCCGCCGCCUCCGCCUCCAUCGUCGUCGGGGGAGGGGCCGGUCGGACCCGGGGGUCACUGCCGAGGAAUGAGGAGAGGCGGCCGGGCCCCGUGCUCCGCCCCGGCCUAGGGCCUUGCCCCGGGAGUCGCGAGGACCCAUCUUAAUCCCUCUGAAUUGUACAUAGGCCCCUGGAGACUGGAAUUUGGUCAUAUUUUAUUUCUAAGAAAGUUAUAUUUGAUUUUGUUGGAAGAUCCCACAUUAACUAAAAUCAGUCUGCCAAGAUAAUCAUUCAUCUCUCCCUCCCACCUAAUCAAGAGCUGUAUGAAAUCUGUGAAGGCCUGAAUUUUGAUCUAUGUCCUGCCUGAAUCCCGCUGCUUGAAAGUACUUGAUGAUCACAUGACCCUGGACAUGGAUGCUGUCCUGUCGGAUUUUGUCCGUUCCACAGGAGCAGAGCCAGGGCUGGCCCGAGAUCUCCUGGAAGGAAAGAACUGGGAUGUGAGUGCUGCCCUCAGUGACUUUGAACAGCUACGACAAGUCCACGCUGGGAACCUGCUCCCAUCCUUUAGUGAAGGGAGUAGUGGCUCCAGGAGCCCUGAAAAAGGGGGUUCCGAUAGAGAGGCUGCUCGCCCUCCCCGACCCAUCCUCCAGCGGCAGGAUGACAUCAUUCAAGAGAAACGCCUGUCUAGGGGCAUCUCCCACGCCAGCUCCAGCAUUGUCUCCCUGGCCCGGUCCCAUGUCUCCUCCAAUGGUGGGGGUGGGGGGAGCAGUGAGCACCCCCUGGAAAUGCCCAUCUGUGCCUUCCAGCUUCCAGAUCUCACUGUGUAUAAUGAAGACUUCCGCAGCUUCAUAGAGAGAGACCUCAUUGAGCAGUCCAUGCUGGUUGCCUUGGAACAGGCAGGGCGUUUGAACUGGUGGGUAAGUGUGGACCCCACCUGUCAGAGGCUGCUUCCUUUGGCAACUACUGGAGAUGGGAACUGCCUUCUGCACGCAGCCUCUCUUGGGAUGUGGGGCUUCCACGAUCGGGACUUGAUGCUCCGGAAAGCUCUGUAUGCACUCAUGGAGAAGGGAAUAGAGAAAGAAGCACUGAAAAGGCGCUGGAGAUGGCAGCAGACACAGCAGAAUAAAGAGUCAGGGCUGGUAUACACAGAGGAUGAAUGGCAGAAGGAAUGGAAUGAACUGAUCAAACUUGCCUCGAGUGAACCCCGAAUGCAUCUGGGUGCCAAUGGAGCCAACUGUGGUGGGGUGGAGAGUUCUGAGGAGCCAGUCUAUGAGAGUCUGGAAGAGUUCCAUGUCUUUGUCCUCGCUCAUGUACUCAGGAGGCCCAUCGUCGUCGUGGCAGACACCAUGCUGAGGGACUCCGGAGGAGAAGCAUUUGCCCCUAUUCCCUUUGGGGGAAUCUAUCUGCCCUUGGAGGUCCCAGCCAGCCAGUGUCACCGCUCCCCUCUGGUGCUCGCCUACGAUCAGGCCCAUUUCUCUGCACUCGUGUCCAUGGAGCAGAAGGAGAAUUCCAAGGAACAAGCUGUGAUCCCACUUACGGAUUCAGAGCAUAAACUGCUGCCCUUGCACUUUGCUGUGGACCCUGGAAAAGGCUGGGAGUGGGGCAAGGAUGACAACGACAAUGUCCGAUUGGCCAGUGUAAUUCUGUCCCUAGAGGUCAAAUUGCAUCUGUUGCAUAGCUACAUGAGUGUGAAGUGGAUCCCACUGUCCUCCGACAGCCAGGCUCCUCUGGCCCAGCCUGAGUCCCCCACAGCCUCCGCUGGAGACGAGCCCCGCUCUACUCCUGAGUCUGGGGAAUCAGACAAGGAGUCAGUUGGCAGCAGUUCAACCAGCAAUGAGGGCGGCAGGCGGAAGGAGAAGGCAAAGCGGGACCGGGAGAAGGACAAGAAGAGAGCGGAUUCUGUGGCUAACAAACUGGGCAGCUUCGGCAAGACCUUGGGCAGCAAGCUCAAGAAGAACAUGGGCGGCCUCAUGCACAGCAAGGGUUCUAAGCCUGGAGGGGCGGGAACGGGGUCAGGGGCGAGCGGUGGCACUGAGACACUGGAGAAGAAGAAGAAGAACUCACUGAAGAGCUGGAAGGGUGGCAAGGAGGAGGCGGCGGGGGAUGGGCCGGCAUCUGAGAAGCCCACCUCGGAGGCCGCGGGUAAUGGAGGGGGCAAGUAUAGCCAGGAGGUGAUGCAAAGCCUGAGCAUUAUGAGGAUUGCCAUGCAAGGGGAGGGGAAGUUCAUUUUUGUUGGAACCCUGAAGAUGGGUCACCGCCACCAGUAUCAGGAGGAGAUGAUCCAGCGCUACCUCUCUGAUGCCGAGGAGAGAUUCCUGGCAGAGCAGAAGCAGAAGGAGGCAGAGAGGAAGAUCUUGAAUGGAGGGCUAGGGAGUGGGCCUCCUCCAGCCAAAAAGCCAGAGCCAGACGGUGGGGAGGAGCAGCUGACUGGCCCCCCGGCAGAGGCCAAGGCUGGGGCGUUCUCUGCUGGCUACCCUGGGGGCUUCACCAUCCCCAGGCCUUCUGGGGGUGGUGUCCACUGCCAGGAGCCCCGGAGGCAGUUGGCAGGGGGCCCGUGUGGGGGGGGCCUGCCGCCAUAUGCCACCUUCCCCAGACAGUGCCCUCCAGGGCGACCCUAUCCGCACCAGGACAGCAUCCCUUCCCUGGAGCCGGGCAGUCACUCCAGGGAUGGAGUUCACAGGGGUGCGCUGUUACCACCCUCCUUCCGCGUGGCUGAUUCCUAUAGCAACGGCUACAGGGAGCCCCCUGAGCCAGAUGGAUGGGCUGCAGGUCCCCAGGGACUUCCCCCAACCCAGACCAAAUGCAAACAACCGAACUGCAGCUUCUAUGGACACCCUGAGACAAACAACUUCUGCUCCUGCUGUUACAGGGAAGAACUGAGGAGGAGGGAACGGGAACCUGCUGGGGAGCUGCUGGUGCACAGGUUCUGAGUGGGUGGAACCUUGGAGGGCAAGGGGGCUGAACAAAGAAAGUUAAGCUCAGCUGAUUGGCUCAUCAAGACCCAGCCUCCAUGUUGAGGGGGCAAAUGCAGUAACGUUUGUGGGAGCCUGGCCAGAAGCCCUUAAGUGUGUGUGCGGUUGGAGUGGUGCCAGGCUGGCAAGCGUAGGUCAGGGCUGCACGCUGCCUCGGGGGCUGCACUGUUCCUUUGCAGAGCUUGACUUGGUGGCACUGGGGUGCUCAAGGGGGGAAAGAUGGUGCUUCUGUCUCUUAACCCCUUGGGUGCCACCCCAUGACCAAGGGAAAGUAGCAGGGGAAGGUUUGGUGUGUGGGGGUGGGAGGUGGGCAGACGCCUGGGGGAGGAACAGGUAAAGGAGGCUCUCAGUAAAUAAAAGAAAAAACAGACCAAAGUUCUUUUAGGUUGGAAAAAAGCACAAGGUGGUGGAGUUGGGAGUGUGGAGGGGAGGUGAGAAACGGGACAAAUUUACUAUUGAUUUGGAUUGAGGUAGAAGUUAAGGUGGAUAACUUCUUCCUCCCGGAGGAGCUGGAAGGAUGAGGCAGUCAUGUGGGCCCUUGUUGGGAAGAGGGGGUAGUUGCAAUCCCAGUUUACUGAGAUGGGAAAAGGAGCAACUGAAAAGGGGAAUCCGAUUCCUCUGGAGUUUUAUUUCCUUCUAGUAGUCAUUUGUCAACUGUUCUAGUCUGAGAGGAAGUUGCUGACUGCCCCCUAUCUUUUCCUCAUUCUUUUUGAGGGCCAAGCUCAGCUAAGUUAAGACGGUGGUGAUUCUUUUUUAAGAAAGACUUUAAUUUUAUUAAAAAAAAAGGGGGGGGGUCCCCUCUGGGAAAGAGAAGCGUGAUGAGCAGAGCGACUGUGUGUUGCGUCUCUCCAGUGACUCAAUGCAGAGGUGGUAUUUUUUACUACUUAGCAAUAACCAUGAAUGCACCUUGGGAGGAGUUACAGGACAGACAGACAUUUGGCCAGACUGGUCCAAACCAAACCACAAACUAAACAGAGCGCUACCAUCUUCUGCUGCUGUGUUUCUGUAGGAAGCAAUUUAUUUUAUUGACUUUUUUUUUUUAAAGGAAAAGACCCAACGAGCAAAAACAUUUUAAAAACUGAUUUUUUUUUCCUAUUUAAGUGAUUCUUUCUCCUUCUUGUCUACUUUUGGAGAAUGAAUUUAACAUCCCGGCUUCUUUUGUUAAGCCAUAGUUGACCUUAAUCUGUGGUUAGUUUAUUAAAAUAAUAAGUAAAAAAAAAAACUUUGUAAGAAGAGAUAUUUUUGAUAUUAGGACUGAUGUUAAAACAUGGGGUGGGGGUUGGGGCAAUUUAUAAUAAAGGUAGUUAAAGAAAUAUAUUUUAGUGAACUAUAACCACAGAUCACAGUUUACUCCCAAUGAGCUGAUCUGUUUGGAUUUCUGCCUUUCUCUGACCCAGCCCUGUUGUUCAGGGUCUGGGAGUGGGGAUCUGGACACAGUAGGGCGAGCUUCUUUGCAUUUUGCACAAAGCACAAGUCUGGACAGCCUGUGCUCUGGCCAGAGCCAUUUCUAAGAGCUUUAAACCGGAAGACCUGUCCUGGGCCAAUUUUCCUUUUUCUUUAUAUUUUUUUCUGGGAAAAAAAAUUAACUAUGCAAUUGUAUACACUCCUGGGUGCGCAUGAAGAAGGAAAAUAAGUGUACUUAAGUGUCCAGAGUGUAAAUUGGGGCUAUUUUUCUGCUUUUGGAUUUCUCCUUUGAGGUAUGUGUUAGUAACCCUCAUAGCAUUCCCAUGGAAUGUAAUGCCCCACAUUUGAUCCAAGGCAGACAUGGCAGGGGGUGUUGGAGGGUCUCUUUAUUUGCAUGUGUUCCUUCUGCUUGGGAAAGUUGUCGUCCUGUCUUCCCCUCAGUGACAAAGCCCACCAAGCGCUUUCUCCUCAUUGGACUGCUCACAGUUUAGAAACCAUCCUCCCAACAAACUUGAAAGUCACCGAUUUUCCAAAUCUGAGUCUGUUGAUUUCAUAAUUUUUUAUUAAUUCGUAGGCUUUUAUUUGAAAAUAGAUUGGUUUUAAGGAAGCAAUGAGACUCCAAAAUAAGGGAAGUGUAUGUCUUGGGGCUGGACUGGAACUUAACAGUAUGGGACAGGCACUCACUUAAGGUGCAAGAUCUAAAGGAGUACUCGGUAAUUCAGCCGAGUCCUUUUUAUUAAUGCAGUAUUUUAAAGAGUUACUGCAAAAAUCCACGUUGAACAAAAUAUGAAAAUCUUAAAUACAGAGUCUGACUAGACCAGGAUGAGCGGGAAGCUGAAUUGAGCUUAAGUCCUGCCUUUAAGUUUUUGAUGUAUUGUUCUUUGUGGAUUUGUUUGCCUUAAUUUGAUCUUGUAAAAUAUUGUAUUAAAAUAAUAUGUAUCUUGGUUACUGGGGUUUUUGACCCCUGUUAAAUUCUGUGUGCUCAUCUCGCCUUAAUCCUUUCCCUGUUUUUGGGGAUUGAACAAGGCUGGCAAAACCAUCAUCGCAUGAGCCCUAACAUGUCCCAAACAGGCGCUCACACCACACCCUGAGUUUGCACAACUCCCCCAGCUUCCCCGGAGGCUUAUGUAUCCUAGGACGCGGGCCUGGACCAAUAGGAAUGGAAACAGACCAAGGUUCCCACCCCCCCGCCCCCCAAAAAUAAAACCAGGAAAGUUUUGAUUCUCUAAUUGCCUGCUGUGUUUGGAUUUGAUGUGUUACUAGAUUUUGGUUAAUACUUUUGUUUUUAAAAUCUGAGGACAAAUGAACAAAAACAAACUUUGUAUCUUGUUUUUUUUUUUUAUUUAUAAAUUAUUCAAUUCCAAUUCUUUUUGCCCUCUUUUCAAUGAAAAAAAAGGUGGAAAUUGUAGAGGAUGGUGGAAGGGUGAAUAUUGCUAAAUUAGGGCUUUAUGCUCCAUAGCUUUUGCUAACUAUUUAUUGAGGCAUUGAAAAUUCUCUCCACUCUAAGGAUGAGGGGCCCUGAGCCAAUGGGUAUUUUUGUAUAGGGGAUAGUGAAGUUUGUUGGGCAUUAUUUUUGCUGGGGUGGGGGUGGGGGUGGGGGAAAGAACAAUGCCUGGGAAAGGCAGACACGCAGGACAGGAUGGGUUUGUGGCCUCUGGGGAGGGUAAAGAGAUAGAAGAGGCAGCACCUGCAGCUUCUCUAGGGGAGGAGGGCGUGGCUUGCCCCCAGAUGAGCAAAAGUCCCUCAGUUCAGAAGGGAUGUGUGAGUGAAGGGGUGGACCCUGUAACCCUUGAUGAAGUAUGACGUUUUCUCUCAGGCUUAAAUGUAAGUGCACUUAGCUCCUUGCAUCUAGGGUACCUACAGGAGAUUUCCAGGGUUCUUAACUCCCCUUUUGACUUUAGACAAUGCUACCCUUCCCCUUACAAUCUCUGUUCCACCCACAGUGGAGUGAGUAUGCUACGGGAGAAGCCUGCAGAUCCCUCCCUGGUUAAAAAGUUUUUCUUUCAUGCCAGUUUCGUUUGUUUGUUGUUUUUUAAUAAAAAGUUUAUCCAACUCCAAAAAAAAUUUAAGGGGAGAAUCCAUUUAAAAGAUUUAUUUGAGGGGCCAGCAUUGUGGUGUAGUGGGUAAAGCUGCUGCCUACCUUGCUGGCAUCUCAUAUGGGCACAGGUUCGAGUCCUGGCUGCUCCACUUCUGAUCCAGCUCCCUGCUAAUGCACCCGAGAAAGCAGUAGAAGAUGACCCAAGUGCUUGGGCCCCUCCUACCUGCUUGAUAGGAUGAAGCUCCUGGCUCCUGGCUUUGUCCUUGGGAGUGAACCAGCAGAUGGAAGAUUUCUCUCUGUCUAUCCCUCUCCCUGGCACUCUACUUUUCAAAUAAAAUAAAUCUUUUUAAAAGCUAAAUUUAUUUGAAAGGCAGAGUGACAGAGAGAGACCUAUCUGCUGUUUACUCCCCAAAUGGCCACAACAGCCAGAACAAAGAUAGGAGCCCAGAACUCCAUCCAGGUCUCCCACGUGGAUGCAGGGGCCCACACACUUGACCCAUCUUCCGCUGUUUUCCCAUGCACAUUAGCAGGCAGCUGGAGCAGGAGUGCAGCAGCCGGGACUCAGUCUGGUGCUGCAAUAUGCAGCUUGGCCUGCUGCACCACAACACUGGCCCCUGUCAAAAGUUUAUUUCAUAGAUUCAGUCGCCUGAAGGAGUGGGGAUGUGUGACACUCAGUGUGUGCGGGCCUGGGAAGCAGUAUCUUCCCUCUCCUGUUGGCUCAGUUUCUUUUCAAGCAAAACUAGAGCCCACAGACCAAUAAAACUUAGCAGUGGCUCAGUGCUGUGUAUUUGGUUGACAAUACUGAGCCCAGAAGAAUGCAGCUGUUUCUGAGUGACGUCUGAACCUAGCUUUUGCCAUUCCUACUCAGCCACAUGUGUGAGGUUUAGUCCCAUUUUUUUCUUCAUAAUGGAGCAUUGCAGAGGUAAUUGUCCUGGAAUUAGUUGGGGUGCCUCUGUCCUCUUUCUCCAGGGAGGCAGCGUCCCAGACAUAGCCACAGGUGAGAAGACAGAAUUAGAAGCCCCUUCCUGGCCUGGAGUCACCUGCACCCCAGAUUUUCCUAACAUCCUUUCCCUCCAGGCCCUUCGGCUGCAGAAGCAGUGAGUCAUGCAGCCUCGGUCUCUUUCCGCUUGGCAGAAAGCAGCCUGCAAAUCACAGGCUGUCUUGUCCCCUACACUUAAGUUGAUUAACAAAAUAUUUAUUAGGAGGUCCCCGUGUAGACUUUCUCCAUGCCACCUCCCUUCACUGGCUGCAGGCAUAAAGUAGGGGAGAGCAGUGGGGAGUGGGGGUGGGAAGGACCUUGGCCUCUUUCCGUGCUUAUAACUGGAUGUGUGACUCAUCUUGUGAGUCACUCCACCUCCCUCCUCCAGCUGCCCCGCCCAGCAGCCUGCACUCCAGACACAAACCUGCUAGCAGACCAGGAUCUGCAAAUGGAAAAUCGGAUGCAGCCCCUUGCCUCUCCACCCUUCCUUUCAUCCAAUAACCCCUGGGUGUAUGGGUGGGUGGGGGGGGCGGUGAGAGGUCGUCUUCCUGUUACUUAACCCUCGGCUGCUGCCCCCUUUGCAUUCCUGGUUAGGUGCUGAUCCAGAUCACCCAAAUGUCUUUCUCCCUCUGAUCCACCCCCUUCCCCUUCUAUUUUUUCUCUGUGUUUCUCCACUCUCCCAUACCAGAAAUAUUAAAGAAUUGAAUGAGGCUCUAUAAUGAAGGAUGGUGGGGAGAAGGAAAGGCAGAUAAAGGGACUUUAAAACUGUGGUGCACACCUCUUUCUCUGCUCUACGUUUUUAUGAGGACAGACUUGGGGAGCAUUUCCUUCCCCCAGGGGCAGGAAGCCCCUAGAAGGCAGGGAGGUGAGAUGGAUGUGCUCCGCAACCCUUAGCGCUUCUUGGAUUGGGCUUCUGGACCCCCUUCCUAGCAGGUGUAUUCCUCUUUCAGGCCAACUCCCUGUGUUGCAACGUCUUCACUAUUUCCACAGUGGCAGCCAGGACAGAACUUAAAAGCUGCAGCCGGAAGGGUGUGCGUGCUGGGGGGAGGGGAGAGUUGAGGGCUACUUUGGAAAACCGGGGCGGGGGAGGGGGGGCGGCACCUAAGGGUUGCAGCCUCUGUACCGACUCAAAAACAAUAAAGCAGCAGCUCUUUAACUCUU